AUGGGUUACAAAGACCAAAUUGAAGACACAUCGACGAUGCUACCUGGAAAUCUUCAGAUAAUUGUUACAUCGUCUGUCAUUCUUCCUGAUUUACUUGAAAUAACAAAUAAACUGAUGAAAGAUCCGGCAAAAAUAUUGAUUGAAAUUGAAGACCAUACACUCGAAGGUAUUCGUCAAUUUUAUGUACUCGUCGAAGACGAAGUAACUUAA